UUCUUUUUGACAAAGAGAAAACAUUAAUAUUCAAGUGUGACACACCCUUUAAAUCUGAUAUAUAUAUAUAAAGAAUACAAGUUGUUCAGAUAUCACUCUUCCCACAGGAGCUUCUUUCUUUUCAUCUGGAAAGGGUGCCCUUUUGCUUCAACAACAUGUCUUACUCUUUAAGGCAAUCAUCAUCUCACCAAGUUUCAUCCUCUAGCUCCUAUGGUCAUGGCGGAAGCGUAGGUGGUUACGGUCAAGGUGGUAGUUAUGGUGGUGGAGUAGGUGUAGGACAAGGUGUUGGAUUUGGUGGUGGUGCUGGUGGUUAUGGUGGUGGUGCUGGUGGUUAUGGUGGUGGUGCUGGUGGUUAUGGUGGUGUUGCUGCUGGAGGACAUGGAGGUUUUAGCAGUGGAUCUGCUAGCUAUGGUCAUGCUGGUGGUGCUGCUCAUGGAGGAAAUUAUGGUGGUGGAGCAGCUGGCUUUGGAGGAGGUUUUGGUGGUGGAGCAGCUGGCUUUGGAGGAGGUUUUGGUGGUGGAGCAGGCGGUUUUGGAGGAGGCUUUGGUGGUGGUUAUGGAGGAGGUGACGGCAUCUUCUCUGGAAAUGAUAAGCAAACCAUGCAGAAUCUUAAUGACCGCCUGGCCAGUUAUCUGGAUAAAGUCCGUGCUUUGGAAGAGGCAAAUACUGAGCUUGAACGUAAGAUUAAGGAAUGGUAUGAAAAGCAAAGGCCUGGUAGCACCACUGGUGAAGGCGCAAAAGAUUACUCUCAGUAUUUUGCCACCAUUGAAGAUUUAAAAACUCAGAUUGUUCAAGCUAACAAUGAAAAUGCAACCAUUAUCUUGCAAAUUGACAAUGCCAGGCUUGCUGCUGAUGACUUCAAGAUGAAGUAUGAGAAUGAGCUGGCUCUCCGCCAGAGUGUAGAGGCUGAUACCAAUGGCCUCCGCAGAGUUCUGGAUGAUCUGACCUUGUCUAAGACUGACAUGGAAUCUCAGCUUGAAAGUCUCAUCGAAGAGAUUGCUCUUCUCAAGAAGAACCAUGAAGAUGAGGUUAAGGGAGUCCAAGCACCAACUGUGGGUGAAGUUAAUGUUGAAAUGAAUGCUGCACCCGGUAAUGAUCUGACACAGAUCCUCAAUGACAUGAGAGCACAAUAUGAAGCAAUGGCCGAAAAGAAUCGCAAGGAUGCUGAAAACCAAUUCAAUAAGAUGAGUGAAGGCCUGAAGAAAGAGAUAUCCACUGGCGCACAAGAAGUUCAGACCACCAAGAGUGAAGUAUCUGAAUUAAGGAAGACUAUUCAAGCCUUGGAGAUCGAGCUUCAAUCCCAACUGGCCAUGAAAAAAUCACUGGAAGACACCUUGGCAGAAACAGAAGGACGUUACUGCAUGCAGAUCGCACAACUGCAGGCACAAAUUUCCGUCAUUGAAGAACAGUUGGCACAGAUGAGAGCGGACAUUGAGUGCCAGACAGCCGAAUAUGAAGAUCUGCUGGACAUUAAGACCAGAUUGGAAGCAGAGAUCGAGACAUACAACAAGCUUCUGGAGGGCGAAGGUGGUAUAGGACAAGGACAAGCCGGUGCAACAUCAACAUCAUCAUCAUCUAGAGCAACAUCAUCGGCAACAGCAUCAUCGGGAACAGCAUCAUCAUAUGGAUCAGCAUCUAGGGCAACUCAGCCUGCUACCAUCAGGGCAACUAGUGGAUCGGGCAGUGCUUCCGGAUCCAGCACAGGUCUUUCUAGGCGCUAGAAGGACUAGAAGGGUAAAGAAAAUCGUUGACAUCAUUGAGGAUGGAAAAGUAGUAAGAUCAGAAGUUGUGGAAGAAAAUGAGGAAUACUAAAAACGCUGACGAAGCCAAAAGAGAUGAUGUCUGCUCAACUAUAGUAGAAACCUGCUGGGACCACUUGCAUUUUUUAUUAGACUCUACUCCUUUCUUUUUCUUUGCUGUCUUCUUGCAGAUGUUCAUACAAGUGUCUUGAACCACAUUUGUACUCAUUUGUACCCACUGUAACAGUCUCCUUGUGGUUUGUGAUCUGUCCAUCAUUAUCAUUACAUAUUGGACAUUAUUACUUUUGCUUUGCAUAACCUAUGAAAUAAAGA